AUGGGCGGCGCCGCUGCCGGUCACGUGCUGCUGCUCAACAUGGCGGCGCCCGGACACUCGCCCGCGUCACGUGGCCACGCGUGCCGGCCGCGCUUCCGGCCCACGCGGCCUCACUUCCGGGAGGGGCGGGGCUCCGGCCGGAAGCGCGCCGGAAGAGGGCGCGGGUGGCUGGGGGGGACGCACGUGCCGCGCUCUGACGUCACGCGGCCCACUUCCGGCGCGGGGAGCGGAGCCCCCAUGGCGGGGGGGGGCGCAGCUGUGGGGCAGGAGCCGGUGACCUUCGAGGACGUGGCCGUCCCCCUGAGCCGCGCCGAGUGGGAGGCGCUGGGCCCGGGGCAGCGGGAGCUCUACCGCCGCGUCACCAGGGACACCUACCAGCUCCUCACCUCCCUGGGUUAUCCCGGCCCUAAACCGGACAUUUUGUACCGGCUGGAGCGCGGGGAAGAGCCGUGGGUCAGCGGAGCGCAGAGCCCGGGGAGGUGGGACCAGCCCCACAGCCCCUCUGCAGGACACAAGAGGGACGGGGGUUGCCUGGAGGAGCCUCCCUCAGGCUGGUGGCCUGAUCCUGGUGGGCGCCGUGUGACAGAGGAGAGGGCAGAAACCCCCAGCCAAGGUGAGUCCUGGUGUCUCCCAGUUCCUCGCCCACCUCUGAGGGGGGAACGGUGCUUCCCGUGGCGCCUCCGAUGUCAGAGGCUGCUGAGGAAGUGUCUGGAGGAUGGCGGUGAGGUGCCAGCUGAGGGGGCCAGCAGAGGAGCGGGGCUGGCAGGAAGCCAGGACCAGGUCCAGGUCCAGGUGAUCCCCUGGCUUGGGAACGAAGUAGAAGUGAAGGAGGAAGAAGGAGUCACAGCCAGCCUGGCCCGAAUCACGGGAUUCCCGCUUCACCCGGCGCCGGCAGAGCAGGACGGAGCGGCUGGUCCUGGGGUGCAUCAGCACCCUGACCCCGAGGAGAGGCCCCCGAGGAGCCCCCUGCAAUGCCCACCCCCCCAGGGGGAAUACUGGAUAUUGGUAGAGAUGGCGUCUCUCCAGGAAAACGGGGACGUGCGCGCGGAGGAGCUGGAGAAGCGGAAGGAGCUGGUGUGGACCGACCACUGCUACUGCGCGGGGAGCAGGAGGUGGCUCCUGCAGGGCUCCCUGAGGGAGCACAACUACUGCCAGGGCCACAAGGCCGGGCUCUGGGAGCUGCGGGACCACGGGUACUGCCACCGGCGGGGCACGCGGCAGCGCGGGGCGGGGGGCACCGCCCGCCCCCCCGGGCUGAGCCACCGGCUGGCCCAGAAGAGGUUCAAGAUGAAGCGCAUCAUCCAGAAGGCCAAGUGGGUAAAAUGGAAUUCCCAGCCUCCUGUCAGGAAGACGCCGCAGUUCUCUUGGGGUUCUUCCAAACCCGUCGCCCCGCGCCCGGGGGCAGGAGGCCGCCCCGCCAGCGGGACGCGCGGGGCGUUGUGUCUCCCCGCGGGGCAGGACCCCGCGCCCCCACAGCCCUGCAGCGAGGGGAGCCCCCAGGAGGUGACCUCAGGAGCCAUGUGCACCCCCCUGGUGACCCUUGAGCUGCCGGCUGCACCCUCAGCCCCCCCCGGGGCUGUGGAGGGGGUGGGAGAAGCAACACCCGGAGACCCGGAGGAGCCAGAAGCAGAGCCCGGCCCCAGCGGGGCAGGAAAGGAACCAGCCUAUCCCAGUUACCUGUUCCUGUGUGACGUCUAUGAAAUGGUGAUGUGGACCUUGGACCACGGGGUGGACACCCCAGGCCAGAGCUCCCAGCUGGCUGGCUGACCAGAGAAGUCUGUCUGAUCCAUCCUCAUCUGGGGGGGCAGCGACUCGGAUCCAACAAAGGGGCCACUUGGGACCUUCUUUCAAGGGGCAAAACCCAUGGAGGUGGGAGAGGAGAAACACUGGGAAAGGCCUGUGGAAACUGGGAGUGGCUUUAGUGCUGGAGAAGGUGCAGAGAAGGGCAACGAGGCCGAUGAAGGGUCUGGAGAACAGGUCCUGUGA